UAGACGCGGUUCGGCGAUGAGUCGUUUCUCGACACAGUUGCAUCACAAGUGAAAUUCGGUGGGGGGGGUUAGAACAGGGCGGCGGGGAAAGUCAAGUUUGAGGAAAGUUUUCAUAGUUAUGCCGUGUGUCGUCGAGUUCGUCACAGUUGAGGAACGUUCCGGCCAGAAAAAGAACGUCGUAGUGUGCUUCUGAAACAAUUAACACAGAGCUGUAAUGUUGAGAACCAGAGUCAUGUCUAUGCGCCGCUUAGUUACCCUCACUGCCACCGGGGGCGCUGUUAUCGGCACUCUAGCCUCGCUCAGGGCCAAUGAAUACGAUGUGGGGGCGAUCGGCGUCGUUCGACUUACGAGAGCUGCACUUACCGUUUUUCAAAUUGGAACACAUUACAAAAAAAAGCUCUAUUCAGGCAAACUUGACAAAGAGUCUCCUGAGUAUGCAAAGCUUAAAUCUCAAGUCCAUCUAUACGGUGCUCAAAAACUUCUGGAUCUCUGUUGUGCUAACAAGGGUGUCUACAUUAAGGUGGGGCAACACAUUGGAGCACUGGAUUAUCUGCUGCCUACUGAAUACGUAAAUACGCUGAGAAUAUUACACAGCUCAGCUCCCCAGUCUUCCUUUUCCGAUGUCCUGAUUGUGAUAGAAGAGGAUUUCAAAAAGGACGCUUAUGAAAUAUUUGAAUCGAUUGAACCUGUUCCCUUGGGUACGGCCAGUCUUGCCCAAGUUCAUAAAGCCGUGCUUCGCGAUGGAAGAUUGGUUGCGGUAAAGGUGCAGCACAGAGCUGUAAAGUCCAACUCUUACAUCGACAUCAAGACAAUGGCAGCUCUCGUGAAGAUAACGUCGUGGGUCUUCCCAGACUUUAAGUUUGACUGGAUAGUGGAUGAAUCAAAAAAAAAUAUACCUCAGGAACUAGACUUCACCCUUGAAGGAAGAAAUGCAGAGAAGGUCAAGAGUCUCUUCAAGGAUUUCCAUUGGCUGAAGGUAGAAACUUGCCAUUUUUUCUUCAAAAAUUUUCUCAGUGCGCUCCAAUAUCGACUGUUUUUUCACAAAUUUCAUCCUCAGGUUCCAAACAUAUUCUGGGAGUUAUCGUCAUCUAGAGUUCUGACAAUGGAAUUUCUCGAAGGUGGGCACGUUAACGACGUCAACUACCUUAAGGAGCAUAACGUGAACCCGUACGAAGUUAGCGGUAAACUCGGACGGCUCUAUAGUCGUAUGAUAUUUGUUGACGGUUUCGUCCACUCCGAUCCUCACCCCGGAAAUAUCCUGAUAAGAAACAAGGAUCACGAGGCAGAAAUUGUGCUGCUGGAUCACGGCUUAUACGCGACACUUUCUGAUCAAUUCCGGUGGGAGUAUGCCAAGCUGUGGCUCGCAAUAUUGAACGGUGACAGAGUACAGAUGCGGAAAUACGCAGAGACUCUUGGCGUCGGCGAUCUGUACGGACUACUUGUUUGCAUGGUAUCUGGGCGAAGUUGGGAUACAAUAAUGGCGGGUAUUCAAAAGACGAAGUUCACCGAUAGCGAGAGAGACGCUUUUCAGGAGGAACUUCCCAACGUUUUACCCCAAAUUAGCGAAGUGCUCGAACGAGUUAAUAGGCAAAUGCUCCUUGUUUUAAAAACCAAUGAUCUGAUGCGGGGCAUAGAACACACUCUCAAAACUCAGGCCAGAAUGUCUGCAUUCAUAGAAAUGUCGAAAUGCUGUGUCCAUUCAGUAUACGACGAGAAGCAGAAGUUGUGUAAAACGUCGCUGUCGAGGUGGUUGGUUUCGUUGGAGAGACAGUGGUCGCUAGUUAGAUUAUCGGUCUACUAUGUGUACCUCGGCGUCAUUAAUUUUGAUCUUCAUAAAAGCAUCGAGGCUUUAUGGACAAAUGAAUUUUACAGCUUCUGAAAAAAUAUCAAUUAUUAGCAUAAAUUAUGUCACCGGCUUUAUGCACGGCCAAGAUCGACAGGCAUCCUCAUGCACAGUGCGUAUUUUUUCGCAUAAAGAAUGUUUUUCUCCAAUCUCCGAGAAGACAAAGUAUUCUUGUGUACAUUUGGGACGGCCGAGUGCGGCCACCACAGAGUACAAACUUGUAGUUAAUUUAUUUAAAUAAUUAAUCAUUAAACGAAGAGAUGGGUGUUACAGCCGUAAUAUUCUCAUUAAAAAUAUGAACACGAAAUAAACAACAAAUGCCGCGAAAGAAUCGUGAUAAAACUCUGUAAUUUGUAUAUUAUUAUAAUUCAAACAAAUUAUACAACAACCUUAUUCCUC